AUGCGACAAUGUGAGUGUGACACCCCUGCUCUAGAAUCUCAAGGAACUUUGAGCUCUGUUAGCCUGAAAGGAGACUGUAAGUAUUCAGCAGUCCUGCUUUCCAGUAGAGGAUACCCUGGACAGUUUGCCUCAGCAGAGUGUUCUGGGAUCGCUAUUGUUCGUCGUAGAGCUAUUGAUGCUAGCCAUAAUGUUUUUGAUGAGGUGACAAGAAAAGAACUUUGCACAGACACUUACUGCAAAGUUUGUGGGGCUAUACUGCAGUUUGAAUCGCAACGAAUAGCACACUAUGAGGGCAAAAGGCAUGCACAAAAAGUACGGCUUUAUUUACAAAUGCAUAAUGAACAAAAGGACAGGCAGCAUAUGAAUUUCCAGAAGAAUCCAAAUAUGGACAAAAAUAUGUAUUGCAAACUUUGCAACAUGGUCUUCACAUCUCCAGUUGUUGCUCAAUCACAUUAUUCGGGAAAGAUUCAUGCCAAGAAACUGAAGCAGUUGUCAGAUCAGACUCAGACCAUACAGGAUGUUCAAUCAGAACAUGAUUCCUCUGCAAUUCCAAUUCUGCCAGAGGCAUCUCUUGAAAAGACCUUGCAACAGGAUGUUGAUUCUGAGGACCUAUAUUCAUCCUGUAGAACUUCUUUGGAUUUAGAUGAUCCGGAUAAAUAUUGCAAACUCUGCUCUGCAUCCUUCAACAACUCAUUUAUGGCCCAUCAACACUACGUAGGCAAAAAGCACAAAAGAAAUGAAUUACGUAAGAAAUUGGUGGCUGAAAUUGGAACUCAGGCUAUCCCCCUGGAGUCCAAAACCAAUGCACUUGGCGUGGGCAACUAUGUAUGCGAAACGUGCAAUAUCAGCCUCACAUCCAUAGAAAUGUACCAGUCACACAUGCAAGGAAAUAAGCAUCAGAUUAAAGAAAAUCUGAUUGCCUCUUCUCUGAUGAAGAAUUCCAAUAAUACAAACAGUUCAUUCCAAGAUGAAUUGGCAGAUUACAUCAAAGUACAAAAAGCAAGAGGACUGGAACCAAACAUUAAUUUUAGAAAGUCCGAGCAAAAAAUGUGUGAAGCGAUUAAUGGUCAUGAGGAGACCUUUGCAUCUGACCAAGGUUUUCUUUCAAGAAAUGUUUAUGAACCAAGUCAGCAUUCCACCUUUUUUCCAGAAAUGGACACAUUUUCAUAUUCUGUUGGAAGCAGAUCGCCACACCCACCAGUGCAAAAAUACCCAGUAAAGCUAGAAAACGUAUGUACGUACAGCACAGACAAUGAUUCUGAAAAGCCUCAGUUAACUAGCUACAGAAAUGACAGCUACAAACUACUAUCAGCCGAAUCUACUGAUAGCUACAAGUCUUUGUUUUCAAAGAAUAGCUCUAGUGCUGACAAGGGAAGCCGUAAGCUGCCAAAGAAACCAAGAGCCAAAAAAGGAUGGCCACAAGAGGGAGAAAGAGAUCGUUCAACUCUUAAAAGAGCAGGAGACAAUCAAGAGUUGGAAAAAGAUGGUAAGAAGAAAAAGAAAAAAAAUCAUAUAGAUUCAAUAGCUGGGUCAAAAUCAAAGCACAGUAAAGUAAAGACAAGCAAAGAUCAUUCUUCUGAAAAGAAAAGCAAAAGACACAAGAAGGAGAAAAAGAAACAUGAAACCAGUGCAAUUACAGAAGAGGACAUGCUGUGGAAUGAAUCUGUCUUGGGAUUCUAA